ACAGGGUCUGGGCGGCAGGAGCAGGAGCGCGCGGCUUUACGCGCGAUUACUGACAGGCACCAGCUGCCGCCGCUCGGCGCACCAUGUGGACCUGCGCUCCGGGGGCAGAUGCCUGACUAAUCCCGCGGGCUGGCCCGGCCCUGCUCCGGCGGCUCGCAGGCGAUGGCCACUCGCGCGAGCCCAAGUUGAAGCCGCGGGCUGUGCGGAGCCCGAGGGGCGUGAUCCUCCGUGGGCGCGGGCGGAGGAUGAACUGAGGAUCAACAUGUAUGGGAAUUACCCUCACUUCAUGAAGUUUCCUGCAGGCUUUGGAGGCUCCCCUGGCCACGCCGGCUCCACCUCCAUGAGCCCGUCAGCAGCCCUGUCCACAGGGAAGCCCAUGGACAGCCACCCCAGCUUCACGGACACCCCUGUGAGUGCCCCACGGACGCUGAGCGCGACGGGGACCCCCCUCACUGCUCUGGGCUCCCCGUACCGCGUCAUCACGACUGCCAUGGGCCCACCCUCGGGGGCGCUGGCGGCCCCUCCAGGAGUCAGGCUGGUGGCCCCACCCAGCUCUCAGCUCAAUGUGGUCAACAGCGUCAGCAGCUCGGAGGACAUCAAGCCCUUACCGGGGAUUCCUGGGCUGGGAAACAUGAGCUACCCGUCGGCCAGCCCCGGAUCUCUGGUUAAACACAUCUGUGCCAUCUGUGGGGACAGAUCCUCAGGAAAGCACUACGGGGUGUACAGCUGUGAGGGCUGCAAGGGCUUCUUCAAGAGGACCAUCAGGAAGGACCUGGUCUACACCUGCCGGGACAACAAGGACUGCCUCAUCGACAAGCGCCAGCGCAACCGCUGCCAGUACUGCCGCUACCAGAAGUGCCUGGUCAUGGGCAUGAAGCGGGAGGCUGUGCAGGAAGAGCGGCAACGGAGCCGGGAGAGGGCCGAGGGUGAGGCCGACUGUGCGGGUGGCGGCCACGAGGACAUGCCGGUGGAGAGGAUCCUGGAGGCCGAGCUCGCGGUGGAGCCCAAGACGGAGUCCUACGGGGACCUGAGCAUGGAGAGCUCGACCAACGACCCCGUCACCAACAUCUGCCACGCAGCCGACAAGCAGCUCUUCACGCUGGUCGAGUGGGCCAAGCGCGUGCCCCACUUCUCGGACCUCACCUUGGAGGACCAGGUCAUUCUGCUCCGGGCAGGGUGGAACGAGCUGCUGAUCGCCUCCUUCUCCCACCGCUCGGUCUCCGUGCAGGACGGCAUCCUGCUGGCCACAGGUCUCCACGUCCACCGGAGCAGCGCCCACAGUGCUGGUGUCGGCUCCAUCUUUGACAGAGUUCUGACUGAGCUGGUUUCCAAGAUGAAGGACAUGCAGAUGGACAAGUCGGAGCUGGGGUGCCUGCGAGCCAUUGUGCUGUUCAACCCAGAUGCCAAAGGUCUGUCCAACCCCUCGGAGGUAGAGACCCUGCGGGAGAAGGUCUAUGCCACCCUGGAGGCCUACACCAAGCAGAAGUAUCCGGAACAGCCAGGCAGGUUCGCCAAGCUGCUGCUUCGCCUGCCGGCGCUGCGCUCCAUUGGCUUGAAGUGCCUGGAGCACCUCUUCUUCUUCAAGCUCAUCGGGGACACCCCCAUUGACACCUUCCUCAUGGAGAUGUUGGAGACCCCGCUGCAGAUCACCUGAGCUCCACAGCCGUGGCCCCCCAGGAUCCCCGGCAGGUGUGUGGCGCCCGCCUGCGCUCUUCCCUCCCCCACCCCUCCCUGCCCCCCAAGAUGAUGCUCGUAAUAAAGAAACCUUUCUCCGCGUGAGCCUUUGAUAGAUGGAGCUUUGUACAGAUGCUAAGGUGACCCUUCUUUGCUGUCUACGGGGCUGGGUCUCCCUGGAAGGUCUGGGGAAGCUGACCAAGCCUCUGUACAUAGGACUGGUUUAAAUUAUUUUUUCACUUGCCAUGGAAAGCGAACAAAGAACCAAAUAAUAAAUAAGAUGUUGGCAAA